UUUGAAUAAUGAAAUUAGUAUUUUUGUUUCUCUUAGCAAGCUUUUUAGUAUUAGCUUAAGAGAAUAUUGAUACAAAUACUAAUGGAGAUGAUGCUUUGGAAAAUAUAAAGAAAUUAGAAGAAUAAGAAUCAGAAGCAAUAACAUCAACUGAGAAUCUCAAUCCAUAAGAUAAUUCUAAUGAGCAAAACAAAGCAAGUUAAAAAGAGGAAUAGAAAGAAUCAAUAGAUAGUGAAGAAUUGGCUGAUAUUAUUGAAGAAGCAGAAGAAACUAUAAUUGAUUUACUCGAAGCAUUGAGACCGCUGUUUGGGGUAAUUAAUACAUUACUUAAUAUACUAGCUUAGAUUUGGCGAUUAAGACAGAGAUAGUGAUGGUUAGGUAGUUGAAGAUCCAGCAGAACAAGUUAAUGAUGAUGUGCAAUAAUAAUAAUAAAGUACAACCUAGGAAGAUCCUAGUGAACAAAUAGAAUAACAGGUAUAGACUGACCCCUUGAUGCUGUAAUGGGAUCAAUUAAUGAUUGAUUUUGAUCCUGAAGAUUUACUUACUUUCGAAUUACAAUCCGGAGCUACAGAAGUAUACAAAAUUAAUAACUAAUUAUAGAUUCUGUGUGAAACAAUCAAGAAACCAACUACUAUAAGAGGGGCAUACUUUAUUCCUUAAUUCAGGAUUGAUCAAAAGAUCGAUUUCUACAUUAAGACCUCCAAUAAUACUUUGUUAUAUUCAAAGGAAAGAGUUCAAGAGGGCAUUUUUAAAAUCGAUGUUCCUGAAUAAGGAGAAUAUAAAUUCAUUUUCACAAACAAAAGAGUAUUAUUAUACAUUAUAUUUUAGACCAAAGAACCACUAACAAUAACUUUUGCGAUUGAUGUUCACGAUUCUCAUCAAGAGUUCCUUAAAUUGGCUGAUUUAGAUCCUCUGGCUCUUAGAAUAGAAAGGUUAUCCACUGCUAUGAGAGUAAACUUAAUUUAUAUUAACAAGGAUAAUUAUUUUUAUGACAAGAUGGCCGCAUAAUAAUUUGAAGGAGGUUUGAGAGAGGUUGAAAAUGCUAACAAUAAAUUAUUGCUCUUCAGUCUGAUUGAAGUCAUUGGUAUUAUUGCUAUUACGGGAUGGUAAGUCUUUUACAUGAAAAGAAUUUUGAGUAAUUAGAGAAUGAUAUGA